AUGUCUACUCAACAGUCAUUGCCUAUACCGGGUUCAGAGAAGAAGAAACGAGAUUCAGAUCCAAUCUCAUUAGUUCCUCCCAGUGAAGGUGAAAGUGAAAGUGGAUCAAAGAAACAUCUCCUCCCCACCAUGUCGCCAUUGUCUUUGUCUUUAUCUGAGAAUGAUGAAAGUACUACCAUUUCCGAGAUGUUGGAUGAUAAGCCUAUACCAGCUACCGAAAAGGCAAUUGCGUCACUAGCGCCAAUGUUGGAAACUUUUGCCCCCAAAACCAGUGCGGAGGAUUCUGCCUCGAGAUUGGGGUCCAUUUCUUCAUCGCCAGGUAAUCCAGAUGCAACUUCGGAGUCAGUAGUGGAAGAAGUACAACCAUUGACGGCAGAAAAUCUAGGUGCUGGCAAAACCCAAUCCAAUUUGGUUUCUACAUUUGCAUCUAGUGGUGAAGGACAACGAUUAAACAAGACGAUAUCCAACUCAUCAAAUACGUCGAGAAAGUCAUUUUCGCAAACUACAAAUCGAGACCCCAACCACGUUACUAAAUUGCCCAAGAUUGGUAAGAUUGGGGUUUGUGCUAUGGAUACAAAGGCUUUGUCCAAACCAUGUAGGAAAAUUUUAAACCGGUUGAUUGAAAAUGGUGAGUUUGAAACAGUCAUUUUUGGAGAUAAGGUUAUUCUUGAUGAAACGAUUGAAAAUUGGCCCACAUGUGAUUUCUUGAUUAGUUUCUUUUCAACUGGGUUUCCCUUGGAUAAAGCUAUUGCUUAUGUCAAUUAUAGAAAACCAUAUAUUAUAAAUGAUCUUGUACUUCAAAAGGCUUUAUGGGAUAGGCGUGUUGUGUUGGCGAUCUUGAACCAUGCCAAUGUUCCUUCACCUGAAAGAUUGGAGAUUAGCAGAGAUGGUGGGCCAUACUUGGAGCUCCAAUUACUUGAAAGAUUAAAGGAGAUUGGAUUUUCUGAUGAAAAGGUUCAUGCGUUGACUCAUCAAGAAGAGCCUGAUUGGGAAAUGGUUGACGAUGACACCUUGAGGGUUGGUGACAAAACAAUUAAAAAACCCUUUGUCGAAAAACCAGUCGAUGGAGAGGACCAUAAUGUCUACAUCUACUACCCUAAAGCCACCGGUGGUGGUGGUAGAAAACUUUUUAGAAAGAUUGGAAACAAGUCAUCGGAAUUUGACCCAGAUUUGGUAUCGCCAAGAACUGAUGGCUCGUUUAUUUAUGAAAUGUUUAUGGACACCGAUAAUUUCGAAGAUGUCAAGGCGUAUACUGUGGGACCCAAUUUCUGCCAUGCCGAAACCCGUAAAUCUCCUGUUGUUGAUGGUAUCGUUAGAAGAAAUACUCACGGUAAGGAGAUUAGAUACGUGACGGAGUUGAGUGAAGAGGAAACAAUUAUGGCCCGAUCCGUUAGUGCUGCAUUCAAACAGACAAUAUGUGGAUUUGAUUUAUUGCGAGUUAAUGGUAAAUCAUAUGUGAUUGAUGUUAAUGGGUUUUCAUUUGUGAAGGAUAAUAACGAAUACUAUGAUUCAUGUGCCAGCAUCUUGAGAGGCUUAUUCCUUGAAGCUAAAAAGAAUAGAGAUUUGCUAAAGAACAGAGUACCAAAGAGUUUACAAACCAGUCAAUUUGAAGAAAAGGAGCAGAAAUGGGUAUUUAAAGGAAUGGUCAAUGUCAUUAGACAUGCUGAUCGUACACCAAAGCAAAAAUUCAAGUACUCGUUCAAAUCGCCCUUGUUUAUUAGUCUUCUCAAGGGUCAUACGGAAGAAGUGAUUAUUCGUGCCGUUGCUGAUUUGCAAGUGGUUUUAGAAACUGUCAAGAUUGCCGAGGAAAAGAAAUUGGAAGACCCCGCUAAAUUGAAACAAUUGAGGGUUGCGUUGGAAAAGAAGAUGAAUUUCCCCGGUACAAAGGUCCAGAUCAAGCCGUCGUUAAAUAGUGAGAAUCCAGAAUUGGUUGAUAAAGUGCAACUUAUCCUUAAAUGGGGUGGUGAAGCUACCCAUUCUGCCAAACAUCAAGCAUCCGAUGUUGGAGAGCAAAUGAGACAGAACUUGAAGUUGUUGAAUCGUGAAGCGUUGGAUGAUGUCAAGGUCUACACAUCGUCUGAAAGAAGAGUCAUUACUAGUGCUCAAUAUUUCACCACGUCGCUUCUUGGAUUGACCAAGGAACCAUUACCUGAUGAUUUCCUUAUUGUUCGUAAGGAUUUAUUGGACGAUUCAAAUGCCGCCAAGGAUUUGAUGGACAAAGUGAAGAAGAAGUUGAAGCCAUUAUUAAGACAAGGUGCCGAAGCACCACCGCAAUUUACUUGGCCGCCCAAAAUGCCGCAACCGUUUGUUGUCAUUAAACGUGUUUGUGAAUUGAUGAAUUUUUACCAUCAAAUCAUGAAUUACAAUUUUGAGACUAAGAAUGUGGCCGAGUUCCAACCAAAUUGGUGUUGUGGCGAAGAUCCCUACUUGUUUAAAGAACGCUGGGACAAGUUAUUUCAAGAAUUUAUCAGUGUUGAAAAGACACAUCCAUCGAAAAUUUCCGAAUUAUAUGAUACAAUGAAAUACGAUGCUUUGCAUAAUCGUCAUUUCUUGCAAAAGGUUUUCGCAUAUGAUCCUCAUGAUGAAGUGUUGUUGGAAAGAUUGAGAGAAACAUGUGGUGGUACGGUCAACUCUUCUGGGUUGGUUAGUGAAUAUCCAAUUAAUAUCUUGGCCAUGAAUAAUUUCAAACUUCCCGAUAAUAACGGAUCGGCAUCUACAUCACAUAGCAACUCCAGUACACAAUUGCAUACUUCAAAUACAGCAUCAGCAGGAUCUUUGGGUUGGGUCUUGAGUGGUGCCAGCGUUGGUGCAGGAGAAGGAUCCAAUACCAAAAACGCUAAAGCUCCCGAGAAUCCAUUCGAUUAUCCUACAUAUGCUAGAUUGAGAGAGUUGUACCGGUUGUCAAAAGUGUUGUUUGAUUUCAUAUGUCCUCAAGAGUAUGGUAUUAAGGAUGAGGAGAAGUUGGAUAUUGGGUUGUUAACUUCAUUACCAUUGGCAAAACAAAUCUUGUCUGAUAUCCAAGACAUGAAGAAGAAUAUAUCUUCACCAUCAGUGGUCAACUACUUUACCAAAGAAAGUCACAUUUACACUUUACUUAAUGUAAUUUAUGGAUCGCAAUUGCCAAUGAAAAUUGCCAGAAAUGCCUUGCCUGAGUUGGACUACUUAUCCCAAAUUGUAUUUGAGUUGUACGAAGCUGACGAUCCAACUAGUCCAUUGGGCAAAAAGCACUCAAUUAGGUUGUCGCUAAGUCCCGGAUGUCAUACGCAAGACCCAUUGGAUGUUCAAUUGGAUGAUGAUCAUUAUAUUGGAUGUAUUCCUAGAAUCAGUUUGACUAGGCAUUUGGAUAUGGAUUUGGUUACUCAACGAUUGAAAUCGAGAUUCUCAAGAGUUUCGUUGCCAAAGAAGUUCACUCCCGUGAAUAUCUCGAGUCCUUUAGUCGGUGGUAUUUGA